AUGGCGUCAGUGUUGCCAUUGGUGUCAUGGCUGGUACCUUUGCUUUCGUGCCCCAUUUGGCGUGGCCAGGCAUCAUGUGAGGGUGACUCAUGUGCACAUGCAGCGCAGAGCCCAUCGUUACUUUCUGUGAAAUCAGAGCUGCACAGCGUGCUGGCCUCGGCGACAGCCACGUUGCCGGGCUUGGACCUCAGUGAUGGCAACGGCAGCACCUUAAACGACAGCGUGGAGACGAUGAUCAGGGCCAAUUUGGCACAUGACUUUGAGGAACAUCAUAACAUUCCGGAUCCUGCCACCAACCAAACGGAGGGUGAUUCUGGGAUGGGCAGCUUGGGUCGUAACAUCGAGUUCAUGUUCCUGAAGGUGGCCGAGCUGGAGACUAUCGUUGAGCUGCAACAGGCUCAGAUUAUGUCCCUGACGGAUCGCCUGAAUGCGGUGGAAAACAAGACCGGUCUGGUGCAGAAGGAAGUACCUAAGGAGUCCAUCCAUCAUCCCCAACAUCCAGAGAAGGUGCAGAAUAUCUUCAAAAAGGUCUGGAAGAAGCAUCACUAUCAGCGGGAGAAGAAACGCUUCGUGACUCCUGACCAUCCAGCCCAUCCUUCCCAGAAAGCGAAGGCUGAGGCAGCGAAGGCCGAGGCAAAGAAAAAUGAAGCGCUGCUGCAACGACAUCAGCAAGAGAAUCACCAAGAGGAUGAGGAUGAUGAAGUCGAGUUCCAAGAAGACUCUGACCAAGAUGUCUCAGACGACUUCGACGGCGAUACGAGUCAGUCGUUGAUUGACAGCGAAACGAACAGCCUCAGCAACUCCACUGGUUGGAGGAGGCGUCGACGCCGAUGGAUACGCCGCCGCAUCUUCUCCUCGGUGGUGAACACCGUGUCCAAUGCUGCGAGCAGUGCGGUCAACAGUGUCACCAACACCAUGGCAGAUGCCUAUUCACAGGCGGCCGAUAAGGUGGCGUUUCUCGGACGUUUCAGCGCUGAAAACACCCCUGGGAACUGUGAAUUGGAGGGCUGUAAUUAG